CAACUUUUCAAAAUUAAAACGCCAUUAUAAAUUUUUGGAGAUGAUAAAAUAAUUCAAAAUAAAUAUUUAGAAUUGAUAAAUGAGUGCUGAAAAAGAGCACAAAAGUUAGAUGAAUGUGUAAUAAAACCAAAAAUCUAAUGAGCAUCUGAUUGGCAGUGUCCAAAAGAGCUUAAAAUUGAUUUGAAAGUGAACGAUUGAAUUUCAAUAAAAACAAUUUCACGAGUGAAGGAAAAAUAAUAUUUUGAUUGUGUCAAUCUGUCGACUCUUUUAAAAACCAGUGACAGAUAAAGAUUAGGCUAUAAUCAAGUGAAGUGAUUUACAAAAAUAUAUUUAUGUGCUUGAAAAAUGUGCAAGAUAAAUAGAAAUUUGGAUUUUGAAUCAUCAUCAGCAAAUUUGAAGGCUAUUGCCAAUACUGCUAUCCAAAAACCAAAGGAAAAGGAAAAGCGGAGGAAUAAUGAAAAGCGGAAGGAAAAGUCUAGAGACGCCGCACGUUGCCGACGAUCGAGGGAAACUGAAAUUUUCACCGAGCUUGCAAAUUCCUUACCUAUUAAGCAAGAAGAGAUUGAUCAUUUGGACAAAGCAUCUGUCAUGCGCCUUUCUAUAGCAUACCUUAAUAUUCGUAACAUGCUUGACCUAUUUCCGAAAAUUAAAAAUUUAGAUAUACCGAUUGAUAAAGCAGAAAAUAGUGAUAAUCCAACUGUUGAAGAAGAAGAAGAAACUAAGAUUCAAGUUUUGAAGAAACUAGUUGAAGAUGAGAAAUUCGCAUUGUUAGCACUCGAUGGAUUUCUACUCGUAUUAAAUAAUGAAGGCGAUAUUACGUAUGUCUCUGAAAAUAUAUCUGAAUAUUUGGGACUAUCUAAGAUCGAUUUGUUAGGGCAGCCAAUUUGGGAUUAUGCUCACGCAUGUGAUCAUGAUGAGCUGCGUGAAGUGUUGAAUGGAAGAAAAACGUCACCAUCAGAGGUCGUCAAUGGAUCAAAAUCUGGUGAUUGUAAUCCACUAUUACAUCGUGACAUGAUGCUUCGUUUGAAAUGCACACUCACUAAGAGUGGGCGGUUUGUCAACAUUAAAAGUGCAUCAUAUAAAGUGAUUCAUUUAACAGGUCAUAUCAUCUUCAAAGAAGAUGGUUAUAGACAAUUGAUUGUUAUUGCUAAACCACUCGCACACCCAUCAAAUAUUGAAGUGCCAUUAGGAUCUAGCACUUUCCUUACGAAACAUACUCUUGAUAUGAAGUUUAGUUUCGUGGAUAGUCCUAAAAUGUUUGAAUUGAUGGGUUAUAAGCCUGAACAUUUGCUCGGAAAAUCUCUAUACGAUUAUCAUCAUGGGAAUGAUUCGGAAAAUCUGAUGACAAGUUUCAAAUGCUUAAUCAGUAAAGGUCAAACUGAAACCAACCGAUACCGCUUUUUGGCACGAAAUGGUGGUUAUGUAUGGAUUGUUACCCAGGCAACUGUAGUUUUUGAAAAACAGAAGCCGCAAAGUGUCGUCUGUGUUAAUUACGUCGUAAGUGGAAUAGAAAAUGAGUUUGAAAUAUAUUCGUGUGCUCAACUUGAGGCACAGCAAGAGUUGUCGAAAGCUAUUGAAAAUCUAAGCGGAACAUCAAAAUCAUCUGAAACACAUGACAUUAAAGUGAUUAAAAAAGACAAUAUUGUGCUUGGCAUAAAUGAUUUGAAACAACAAAAGCAGAGGAAAUCAUCUGCUGAUUCGAAAAAUUUCGGUGGAAAUAAUAAAAGUGCUGCGAAAUUAAUAGUUGCUGACAAAAAGGAAGAUAAUAAUAAUAAUAAUAAUCAUAACAGUGAACAAUCUGUGGUUGCAAUCAAUCCAAUUAAUACAAUUAAAGUAAAUAAUUGUGAAAUAAUAAAUCGUCCACGUUCUGUCACAGCUUCAAUUUUUUCCCAUCCAACAAUUUUAACACCAAAAAUUACCAUAACAAAAAGUUCAGAAAGGAAAGUAUCGAUUAAAACUUCGGCUAAGAGAUCAAUCGGAGGUCCUCCUUUGAAAAUAUUUCGUCCUUCUACAUUGCAAAACGCAACUAGCGUUACAUCAACAAUCUUUGCACCACGUACUAAGGACAUGAAUAAAGGAUACUUGAUGUUUUCAGAAGACGAUACUGGAUUAACAAUGUUGAAAGAUGAACCUGACGAUUUAACACAUUUGGCACCAACAGCUGGAGAUUCUUGCAUUUCACUAGAUGAAUCAGCUCCAUUUUUUGAUAUGUUUGAUGAUUUUAUUAUACCCGACAAUUAUAAUGCAUUAUUGACAGAUGAAUUAAACUCAUUGGACAGUCAGUGCAGUAAAACGACGUCGAGUAGUAGUUGUAGCAAUGAUCCAUUUAUAAACUAUCGGGAUGAGUCCAGCGAUAUGAGCAAUUCACCUCACUUAUUAUCGCCAGGAUUGUCAAAGAGUCCUGAUGCUAACAGUAUACCGUCACUAUGCAGUCCUGGCUCUCUUCCUGAAGAUGAGCUUGCAUUUAUGACACUAAAUAUGGAUGAUGAUUUGGAUAUGUCGAUGCGUGCCCCAUACAUUUCGAUGAGUGAAUCUUCUGAGCUUCCCUUACUAAUAGCAGAAGAUCUAAUGUGGGGUGCACAACCAGAUAUUAAGGAAUCACUAAAUAUCAAGAAAAAUGAAAAGGUAGAAAUUCCAAUAGUUGUAGAACAGCAGCAGCAAAUCAUUGAAAGUUCUAAUAAAACAUCAAAUUUAACGUAUCAAAAUGUAACUGGAAAGAAUGCAAUGGAUUCGAGCUUAGCUUCGUUGCUAUGCAGCCAGUUAUUACAACAGCAGUUAUUAAAUCAUCAGCAACAGCAAAAACAGUCAGAGGAACAAACACAACAUAAUACAAUUAACAAAAGUCCAGAAUUUAAGAUCAAAAUAUUGGACAAUUUAAUCGACACUAAUGACCAUUUGGAAGCAGAACGAAAUCCUAAAAUUGCAUCAAACGUUGAAUGGACAAUGAAUGAUCUUUUGCAACUUAAAAAGCAACAUCAUCAUUCAGGAACUAAAAUUACGAUUGAAAAGUAUAGUAUCGAAAAUACGUCGUCGCAUAUAAAUACAUCUGUCAGUAACAUAAAUCAAAUACAAUCAGGAUUGGAGAAUAACUUAGUUAAAUUGAAGGAGAAGACAAAUCAUCAUAAACGUCCAUCAAUAUCGUACGAAAUCAAUUCAAAACGUGUUAAAGGACAGGAAACGAUUAAAACCACACCCCAAUUAUUACAACAAUUAAUGACGUCAACAGGAAUUAAUCAAAAAAAUAGACAGAAAGUCCAGCAGAAUAUAAACAAUUCCGAUGGAGCUUCUUUGAGCUCAAGAUGGACAUCAAAUGCACAAUCAAAACCUCAUCAACCGGCGUCAAACUCGGUAUUAAUGAAUCUUCUUGUUAGUGGAUGUGAUGUACCACUAUCAAUUGAUCCACCAGAAGAUUUACUAGAGGAGACCCAAGAAAGCAUGUCUUCACCUAUUGUCAUAAAUGAUAAAAUGUUGAGUCAUUCGGCAGCUGUUACUCUUGCACCGAGUACCAAUCAGAAUUCUCUACAUUUGGCAUCACCAGGUGGAAUAGAAACUUAUCGAACAUCUUCAAACAACAAUAACGCAUGCCGAGAUAUUAGAAAUGGUAAUAGUCAUAACAAUCAUGCUGCUUAUAACAACUUCAUGGAUUCUGAUGCAAUCAAUUUCUUAAUGGAAUUAAAUGAACAGGAUUAUGAAUGUAACAUACCAGUUAAUGAUAUUUUAAAGUUGAUGCCGUAAAGCUUUAUUCAAUCUGAAGAAAAGCUCGAAUUAAGCUUAAUGUUUAAGAUAGAGGAAUGAAAAAAUUAAAGUAUAUAAUUUACGAUUUUUGCAUACAUGUUUAUGCGAUAUACUGCAUGGUUUUUCUCAAAUUUGAAUAUUUGAAUCAUACAAAACCUAUGAAAAUCUUGAGUCGACUUCGAGCUCUGUAUUAGACUAUACAUUUUCAGAAAAAAUUUUAAGAUCACUUUCACGAAAUAUUUUUAAACAAUCUUUUUUU